AUGGCAGACCCUCUCUCCCAAAGAACGGACCCCCUCUACCAAAAAGACGGCGGAAAACAUACCCACACCUCUCCCAUAACCUCAAUCCACGCACUAUCAUCCCUUUCCCCAGAAACCCAGUCCCUGUUCAAGCCGCCACCAGAAACUGAACCCUACAUCCUAACAACACCCUCGACAAUCUUCCACGCCCAAGGCGGCGGCCAACCCUCCGACACAGGAACAAUCUCUUCAGGCAACACAACAUUCCACGUGCACCAAGUCCGCAAGGUCGAUCCCGCAAUCCUGCACAUGGGCGUCUUCUCUCCCUCUGACCAAAAGUUCUCGGAAGACGGAGAACAAGUAGAAGCAGAGCAGAAGAUCGACACAUCGAAACGCCACCUACACUCUCGGAUCCACACCGCCGGCCACGUCAUCGGCCUCGCAGUCGCCCAUCUCAAGACCACUGGUUCAAUUGCUCCCGACGUCGUCGACGGAAAAGCGUCGCACUACCCCGGUGCCGCAUUUGUGGAAUUUUCAGGCCUCAUCCCGGGAGACAAAAAGGGCGAAAUUCAAGCUAGAGUCGAUGAGAUGGUAGCCGCGGACAUGGACGUCAAAAUCCAUUUCUGGGACGAAGACAAGGCGAAGAAGGAGUGUACGGGGGUCAUGGAGGCGCUGAAAGGUGAUGAAGAGGAUGGCGUUAGGGUUGUGGAGAUAGGAGGUGAGGGGAGUUAUCCGUGUGGCGGGACGCAUGUGCAGAGGCUGAAGGAGUGUGGGAGGGUUGUUGUGAGGAAUAUUAAGAGGCAGAAGGGGGUUACUAAAGUUAGUUAUGAGGUGCAAGACGCGUGA